AUGACCAACGGGGCUCAAGUCAGCCGGGACUGGCAGUCAGACAUGCAGCUCGCUGGGAAGCUGGCAUUUUCCGCAGCAGCUCUGCUCCUACUGACUUUGGCUUAUAGAUUCUAUAAGUCCCGACCAUCCAGCAGCGGGAUCCGAAAAGCUGACCAUGUGACGGAGCAGAGAGAAAAGGCUGGAUCCGGAAGGGGAGGCGCAGAAGAAACAUCACAGGGACUCAGGUACAGGCAAGUCAACAGCAAUGGGGUGAGGCCAAGCACCAGCAAAGGGAAUCAAAGUGCGCUCCUGGGUGGGACGGUCGCGGCGGGAACGCGGGGCCCACAAAGCACACCGCCCAGGGAAGAUCAAAGGCUGCCGAAGGGGGAGGAGGAGGAGAAAGAGAAGGGAAAGGAGGCUUGUCAGCUGGUCGCCGAAUCACAGCCAGACAAAAAGCCGCCUGUUUCGGAGGGAGAGGGGCAGAGUCCAGGUGUGGUCCCGAGCGUGGCGACAGCAGAGAGUGCAGAGCAGGAGGCGCCAGUGGCAGGAACAGAAGCCGGAGGUAAGCGUAACGUUUGCGGUCUGCCAAGCAAACCGGACAGCUCCGUAGAUGACAGCAGGGGGGCCAGCUGGGCCGUAGCCUCGCGGCAGUCUGGGUGUAGCGUCAGCCUCAGGCACAGUCCUUGCAGCACCCAACCAGGAAAUGCUUCUGAGCUCACAGCAGCUGACAGAUCCGCCCCGAACACUGAGGAGGAGGAAGCGGGAGACAUGAGUGAGAGUUUGGCCUGGAACCAGGAGGCCUCGGCUGGCCACGAGAGGAUUCAGACCCUCAAAGCUACAUCAGACAUGGGCUUAGCCAUCAACCAAAGCGAUAAGAGGUCUGAUGCCUCCUACACGUUCUCCUCCGUUACAAAGAUACAGGUGGAGGAAAACUAUAUUAAAGAGAGGCAGCCCAGGGAAGAAAAGCCAUGGCAGUCCACAUCCGCCGCCACUAGCCUGCGAGGCAAGGUCUACGACUACUACGUCCAGUCCACCUCGCAGUCUGUGUCGAAGGAGCGGCCCUGCUCGUACACCGACUCACUCUACGACCCCGACAAAAUCCACGAAGAGCUCAGUGAAUAUGAGACUUGGCUGCGCCUGUCUUCACCCCAAGAACCAGCCGGUGGGUCGGCAGCGGGAGAUGAAGACCGAGCUUCACUGACAGCAAACAUCCCAACCAUCUCUCCCAGUCUCCUGCCUUUCAGACAUCCCGCGGAGAGCGGGGAGCCUGUAGGCUGGGGUGGUGCAUCGGAUCCGGGCAGCGCCUUCUCGCCCGCCCACAAGACAGCUGAACCGGAACGCAGGUUCGGCAGGAAAGAGAGUUUCCAUCAAAUUGCAGAUAACCCCGAACUUCAGGUGCACAUGGAAGGGUUCGGGGCUUUGACACCAGCCGGCAGAUCUGACUCAAGCACUCCCCCCACCAGUCCCCUCCACUCCUGCUCCGUCGUUUCCCUGGUGGAACCGUUUCACAGCCUCCAGCCUCAUGCAAGCAACGAAGCCAGAGUGGAACUCAUUGCUGGUGCCAACUUCUUCAAAGUCCCAUUAAGCUUGCAGUCCGACGUGGACAUCCACCUGGAUUUGGGGAACUGCUAUGAUGUCCUGUGCAUGGCCAAGCAGCAGAAACUGGACAGUCUCCAGGAGGCAGCGUAUAAGGUCAUGAGCGACAAUUACCUCCAGGUCCUGAAGAACCCGUCUAUCUACGGGCGCCUCAAUGCCAGGGAGAGGGAGCUGAUCCUCCUGAGGAGGAUGAAGGGCAGGAAGUACGUCACCGUGGCAGACGUCAGCACGCAGGAGCGAAGCUUGAACACCAGCAGGCUCUGUUACUACGAGAACGAAGGCGACGUCUGGCAUCCCCUGUCCUAUAUGCCAGUGGAGGCGGUUUCUAGGGGAUGCGCCGUCUGCAGCAUGUUCAAUUACCUCUUUGUGGUGGCUGGCUGCGAAGGGCUGGGCCAGCACCAGAAGUCUUCCAACAGGGUCUUCUGCUACAACCCCCUGACCAGUAUCUGGCAGGAGAUCUGCCCACUGAACCAAGCCAGGCCUCACUGCAAGCUUGUCGCCUUGGAUGGAUACCUGUAUGCGAUUGGGGGAGAGUGCCUCUAUACUGUGGAAAGGUAUGACCCCCGCCAGGACCGGUGGGCCUUCACCGCGCCGCUGCCCAAUGAUACCUUCGCCGUCGCCCACACCGCGACGGCGUGCGACGGGGAGAUUUAUGUGACCGGGGGCACACUGCGCUACAUGUUGCUCCGGUACGUCAGCCGGUCAGACAGCUGGAAGGUCAGCAUCACCAGCGGGAGCAAGGACCGGACCACCGAAAUGGUGACCGCCGGUGGCUUCAUCUACCGCUUUGACCUCAACCGCAGCAUGGGCAUCAGCGUCUACCGCUGCAGCCCGAAAGCCAAGCUGUGGUACGAGUGCGCCACCAAACGCAUGCCCUUCCCACCCUGCUUCCAGUGUGCCGUGGUGGAGAACCUGGUUUACUGCAUCAGCCGCCAGUUCAACCUCAGGUUCCUGGCUGACCACGUCUCGCCGCGCUUCGGAGUCAAGGAGUUACAACUUUUCCCUUCCCCCCGGGGGACCCUCCUCCCCGUCGUCCUGGUGCUGCCAGACAGAGGCACGGUGCAAACAAGGGUCUGA